AUGGAUUAUUGCUGGAACUUCCACCAAGCCGGUGCUUCUCUACAUAACGCUUUUGACAAUAUGGCACUGAUGGAUCAAGCGAGGAAGAAGAUUGGAGUAAACUUUGCUUAUGCUUCAAACCAGGACAAUACAGCCAGGGUAUGGCUUGGCGGGUAUUGGAACGCAAAAGCCAAUUCCGGCUACCCGGUGCUCCGAUUAUCGGAUGGAAGAUGGGAUAUUGUGGAGAGUGGUAGCUAUGCGACUGCUUGUAUUGGCCAGGAUCCGAAACCGCAACAAGUCUUCCCCUGCGAUGACGAGUGGUUGUACUCGGCCAAGUUGAAGAGUUGCUACAAGCUGAUCGGAAAUUUUUCGGGCUUCACAUGGCCAGAAGCGCAUCAGCGUUGUCUAUCCCUUGGUGCGGAUCUGACGUCAAUUCAUUCCGAUGAAGAGAAUCGAAUAGUCGUUGAAAUGGCCGACACCUUCCUCGACAUCCAAGACGACUUCUCUAAAUGGACCACGGCGUGCACAUGGAUUGGUGGAAAACGAACGGGACCCGGAAAGACGGACUUUGUCUGGACGGACGGUACCAAAUGGGACUACACAAAAUGGGCCGAUAAUCAACCGGAUAAUUAUGGACCCCAAGGGCAACCGUGGGUCCAGAUCUACACGACGCGGCACAACGAGUACGGGGAUGUCGAUUCGCGUUACCUAAACAAAUGGGACGACAUCUACGACAAAAACGGCUACAAUGCCGUGUGCAAAAAAGCGGCGAAAUUU